ACUUCAAAAGUCACUGAAGACCCAAAAAAGCAAUAUUGUCGACAUUUAUCCACAACUCUUUUAAAACGUGUCUUAUUAUGUUUAUCAUCCAACUAGCUUAGCAUGCAAGGUUUUAUUUUGUCGACCUCAAUAUUCAAUAGAAAAAAAAGUCUGGAAUAAAAGAAUAUCAUCGUAUCAUUAAUUGUUUCACGUUUCAUUUUGGUUUUACAAUUUUCCCUAUUUAUAUCCCCACUCGUCCUUGUUUCUUCCACCAUCUACAACAUUCAUUCUUCCACUACAUUUCUCUCCUUGAGUAUCUUCAUAUCCUUUUUUUCUAACUUCCAAAACAAUUCACAAAAUGGCUACAUGCUGGCCUGAGCCAAUUGUUUCCGUGCAAUCCUUGUCCCAAACCGGUGUACCAACUGUACCAAACCGCUAUGUAAAGCCGGCUCAUCAGAGACCGGUCUUUAACACCACCCAAUCCGAUGCUGAGAUGGAAAUCCCCGUUCUAGACAUGGACGACGUUUGGGGGAAACCAGAGGGGUUAAGGCUCGUGAGGAGCGCGUGUGAGGAGUGGGGUUUUUUCCAAAUGGUGAACCAUGGUGUGAACCACUCGCUGAUGGAGAGCGUGAGAGGAGCGUGGCGAGAGUUCUUCGAGCUACCGCUAGACGAGAAACGGAAGUAUGCAAACUCACCGGACACGUACGAGGGAUAUGGAAGCCGCCUUGGGGUUGUGAAAGAUGCUAAAUUAGAUUGGAGUGAUUAUUUCUUCCUCAAUUACUUGCCUUCUUCCAUAAGAAGCCCCUCCAAGUGGCCAUCUCAGCCUCCUAAGAUCAGAGAAUUGAUUGAAGAGUACGGAGAAGAAGUGAAAAAACUGUGCGAGAGGCUGACGGAGACAUUGUCAGAGAGUUUAGGUUUAGAACCAAACCAUCUCAUGAAGGCUUUAGGAGGAGAAGACAAAGUCGGAGCUUCUCUCAGGACAAACUACUACCCAAAAUGCCCUCAGCCACAUCUCACUCUAGGUCUAUCUUCCCAUUCUGACCCUGGUGGCAUCACCAUUCUUCUCCCGGACGAGAAGGUCGCUGGCCUCCAGGUCCGUCGUGGUGAUGGCUGGAUCACCGUUAAAUCAGUCCCCAAUGCUUUGAUCGUUAACAUUGGGGAUCAGAUUCAGAUACUUAGCAAUGGAAUUUACAAAAGUGUGGAGCAUCAAGUGAUCGUUAAUUCCGGUAUGGAACGAGUCUCUUUGGCAUUCUUCUAUAACCCGAGAAGUGAUAUCCCGAUUGGACCAAUCGAAGAACUAGUAACAGAAAACCGACCUGCUCUUUAUAAACCGAUCAGGUUCGACGAGUACCGUUCUCUGAUACGGCAAAAGGGUCCUUGUGGAAAAAACCAGGUUGAUUCACUGUUAUUAAGUAGAUGAUAAUUGAUACACAUUCCAAGUAUAUAUCUCUUAUUCCUAUGUCCUUGAUAUAGUCGUUACUAAAUAAUAUG